UCGACACUCCAAGACAUUCAUCAUUUCAUGGGAGAACAGUAUUGGGUGUGUUUGGGUCUGAGGGAAACAUAAGAUCGAGCAGAGUGACUGAGAGAGACAGGAUCUGAUCAGGGAUGACAAUCACCAUGAACGGUCAGGAAAAUAUGCUACACUUCUCUCCACUGUACGCUGAUGCAUACACCACCACCACCACCACCACCCAACAAGGUGAGUCGAAACCAAGACGACGCCGUAAGAAGAGCAAAGGAGGAGAAGGCGGCGGCAGCGGCGGCGGCGGGAUCAAGAAGCGUAAGCUAACCGAGGACCAAGUGACUCUUCUCGAGGGUUACUUCGGAAAUGAACAUAAGUUGGAGUCGGAAAGGAAGGACCGGCUCGCUUCUGAGUUGGGUCUGGAGCCGCGCCAGGUUGCCGUUUGGUUCCAGAACCGUAGGGCUCGUUGGAGGAACAAGAAAUUGGAGGAAGAGUACUCUGUUUUGAAGAAAGAGCAGGAAAGCACCCUUUUCGAGAAAUGCCGGCUUGAGUCUGAGGUGCUGAAGCUGAAGGAGCAACUGUCGGAGGCAGAGAAGGAGAUCCAACGGCUGUCGCAACGUGCGGAGGCGGUUCCGAGCAAUAGUGCGAGCUCGUCACCUUCGGUGGAGACAAUGGGACAGCCGUUUCUGGGAGAAUUUGAAAUUGAGAUGAAUGAGUACGGCGAUGUUUUUAACACGCCAGCGUUCUAUUACGCACAGGGCGUGGAUUGGUUCAAUCAGUACAUUUAGAUGAUGAUGGUGGUGCAGUUUUAUUAGUGUUUUUGUAGAUAUUGACAAGCUAAUGUAAAUAGCUUUUGUUUUUCAAGCAAUGUAUGUCUCUCUGCUAGCUAGCAUGGUUUCAGUGUACUUGACUAGACGAUCCAUCUGGAAAUUAAUGUUAUUAACUUAUUGAUAGCUUUUGCUUCU